GAACGCUCUCGCGGUGCAGCGGCACACAGUCGGUCCGAGACGGCCGAGCGGAGAUGACGCGAGGACGCAUCGAUUUCACCUUGGGAAGGAGAAUCCUUAGCUCGAUAAACAACAAAAUAUGCGGAUAUAGCUAUAUGUAUGUACGUACACCGCCUGCACACGAGGACAUGGUCAUAUUUCAAGUACCAGCGCCGAGCGACGACUCAAAUGUUUGGAAUUGCAGCCUGGAUUUCUACUGUAAUGGGAAUUUGGGAUAACGACCGUGAAGAGGGUGACAAGAAUCUUUCAAUACACUCGUGCAUUUCACGGAAAUGGCAAAAAUCCGAGGAGUAAAAACGCAAUCCGCGCACCAGCAACUUCGCCAUUUCAAUCGAAGAGAUAUAUACUCGCAGGCAAAAGGAAGCUCGAAGCCGCAAACUCGCUCCGAACUUUCCACUGAUUCUCUCUCUUUCCGACCAGUUUUUGACGGCUUUCGACAUCCAACUGUGAUCACGUCUGUGCAGCACGUUUCCGAAGGACGUGGAUAUCUUCAGUCCUCGGGAAUUCUUGGGAAAUUCCCGAAGAAAGACGGAGGAUGCGAGGAUCCACGAUUUUCUUUCUGGCUGUUUUGCACGUACUUCGCUCCUCGAUUACAAUUCGCUCGCAAUUCGUGAGUGGGUUCGGAGGGAUCUCUGCGGCACCGAGACCUCCUGAAAGAAAAUGGGACGCGCAGGUGCCGUCAGCUCCACCUCCUGAAUCCGCAAAAGGUGAGCUGGCGAGAAGUGUCUUCUGUAUACUCGGUGCGUCGGAUAGAAGGCGACAACGUGGAGAUACAGUGCGCCGGACCACGACGACGAAGAUGAUCGAGUCCUGCCGCAGCGCGUGCUGAUCGCAGAAAGAAUCGAGUUCCGCGGGCUGCACACACAAAAGGGAUAAUGACGGCCGAGCGUCGGAGAAUCGAGUUUGGCUAACUGGCGUCCCGGUCGAUCCACCGGAGAACGCCUGCAGCAGUAGCAGCAGUGGCGAACUCCUAGGCUCGUGGCCUCGAAAUGAGAACGAAGAUGAAGAUGAAAACGAGGCGAGAGCUGCGGAACAAAGGCUCCUGAUGCCGCGUGAUCAGAGAUGAAACGCCGCGCGAGGGACUGAGGUUAGAAGAGCGAGAGAUUCUCGGAAGAUGCCGUGAGCGGAGCUAUAACGGGAUGGCAGCGAGGAGGCGGCAUCAGCACAGCUGAGAAGACGAGCGAGCGAGAGAGCGCGAGAGCAAGAGAGAGGGCGAGAGAGUCGCCACAGCGACGAAGAAGAAGAUGGCGGGUCGCGCGCUGGCGGCCAUCUUGCUGCUCGACGCCAUUUUGUCGUGCCUCGGGCAGAAGCCGCUGAACCUCGGGGGCAUCAGGAAGCGCGAUGUUUACAUCGCCGGGCUAUUCCCGUACGCGACCCACGUGCCCGAGAGCAUCGUGGGUCGCGGCGUCAUGCCGUCCGCACUGCUCGCCAUCGACCACGUCAACGAGAACCAGAAUAUACUGAGGAACUACCGGCUGCACAUGUGGUGGAACGAUACUCAGUGCAAUGCAGCAGUGGGGGUCAAGGCGUUCUUCGACAUGAUGCACAGCGGCCCGCCAAAAGUGAUGAUCUUCGGCUCGGCUUGCACGCAGGUCACGGAUCCCAUCGCCAAGGCCGCGAAACACUGGAAACUCACGCAGCUGAGCUACGCGGACACGCACCCGAUGUUUACCGCCGACAGCUUCCCGAACUUCUUCAGGAUCGUGCCGUCGGAGAACGCGUUCAACGCGCCACGCUUCGCCCUGCUCGCCCAGUUCAACUGGACGCGCGUCGGCACUAUCUACCAGAACGAGCCCAGAUACGCACUGGCACACAAUAGACUGGUCUCGGAUCUUGAUCUGAACGACAUCGAAGUCGUGGAGAGCCAGAGCUUCGCGACGGAAGUCACGACGGCCCUGGAGAAGCUCAAGACAAAGGACGUAAGGAUCAUCCUCGGAAAUUUCAACGAGGUGUGGGCAAGGAUAAUUUUCUGCGAGGCUCACAGGUUAAAAAUGUACGGCCGGAAGUACCAGUGGGUGAUAAUGGGCAUGUACACGGAAGAAUGGUGGCUACGCUCGGACACCAAGUGUGCGCCCUUGGAACUGCAGGAAGCCCUCCACGGCACGAUCCUCACGGACCUUCUUCCUCUGUCGACCGAGCAACAGAUCACCGUCUCCGGCAUCACGCCGGACGAGUACCUGAAGCAGUACGACGCGCGCCGAGGCACGGAGUACUCUCGUUUCCACGGCUACUCGUACGACGGCAUCUGGGCGAUAGCGCUGGCCAUUCAGAACGUGGCCCGAAAGAUACGCUACGCCUAUCCCAACCGGACGAUCACCACUCUGGCCGACUUCGUCUACCAGGACGCGACCUGGGAAAAGUACUUCCUCGAGGCCCUCAAAAAUACCAGCUUCGAGGGCGUCACCGGUCCGGUGCGCUUCUACGACAACGAGAGGAAGGCGUACAUCCUGCUGAAACAGUUUCAGAGCGGCAGCGAAGUGAAGGUGGGCGAGUACGACGCCAUCACGAACACGCUGGACCUGACUCGGGGACAGCCACUGGUCUGGCGAGGCAAAUCACCACCCAAGGACCGGACGCUGCACAUAAUCGAGCACUCGACGGUCAACAUCACGAUCUACUCGGUGCUCGCCGCUACCGCGGCCAUUGGCAUCGUUAUGGCCGCUGUUUUCCUCGCCAUCAACAUCAAGUAUAGGAAUCAGAGGUACAUAAAGAUGUCAUCGCCGCACCUAAACAACCUUAUAAUAAUCGGCUGCAUGCUGACGUACAGUAGCGUCAUCUUCCUGGGCCUGGACUCCCAGCUCUCGAGCGUCACCGCUUUCCCGUACAUUUGCACGGCAAGGGCGUGGCUUCUGAUGGCCGGCUUUUCACUGGCCUUCGGCUCUAUGUUCUCCAAGACCUGGCGCGUCCACUCCAUCUUCACCGACGUCAAGCUCAACAAGAAAGUCAUAAAGGACUAUCAACUUUUCAUGGUUGUCGGGGUCCUGCUGUUUAUCGAUCUCGCAAUAAUGACAACUUGGCAGGUCGCCGAUCCGUUUUAUAGGGAAACCAAGCAAAUGGAGCCCUACCCGCAUCCCUCCAGCGAGGACAUAAUAAUCAUGCCGGAGAACGAGUAUUGCCAGAGCAAUAGGAUGACGGUAUAUUUAGGAAGUAUAUACGCUUAUAAAGGUCUUUUAAUGAUCUUUGGUGCUUUCCUAGCGUGGGAGACGCGACAUGUCAGCAUCCCGGCGCUGAACGACAGCAAGUACGUCGGCAUGAGCGUCUACAACGUCGUGAUAAUGUGCGUCACGGGGGCGGCCAUCAGUUUCGUACUGGCCGACAAGCAGGACGCCAUGUUCAUAAUGCUGUCGGUUUUCAUAAUAUUUUGCAGCACCGCCACGCUGUGCCUCGUUUUUGUGCCGAAGCUCAUAGAGUUGAGAAGGAAUCCUCAGGGCCAGAUAGACAAGAGAUUUAGACCCACCCUCAGGCCGAUGUCGAAGGCGAGGAGAGAUUCGACUGUUAGCGAGCUGGAGGAGCGUUUGAAAGACGUGACGACUGCCAAUCAAAAAUUUAGGAAGCAGCUCCACGAGAAGGAGUCCGAGCUUCAGAUGUAUUUAAGGCGGCUGGGCGACGACGGCGUGGCGGACACGCAGGCCGCCAUGGACCGACUGACUGUCCCCAGACACGAGACGACCAUUAAGCGAGAAGAGCCCACUGUCCAGCGGCAUAGCACUAAAAAUUUCAAAGGUCCCUCGGUCACCACGGAAACGACUGACAUCUCCAUGUCCAUGUGCAGUCUAAACUCGACGACGAACGUCUCUCAACUCGAGGGGGAUUAUGUCAACGUGAGCUCGUUAGAGCAACAGGUUGCCAAGAAGAAGACGUCCUUCUCGAAAACGAUAGUAACGACAGAGAGCGAGCGCCCGACAACGACGCCUCGCGAUACUGGCGCAGCUCUGCCCUCGGCUUUGAAGCACUCGAGCGACAGCGGCAGUAACCUGAGACGUCGAGCCCGUAUAGCCGUCGAUAGCGAGAAGAGUAACAGCGUCGAUACCCCGACGACAAGGUUGACCUACGCGAGGCCGACUAGCGGAGAAUACGUCGAGGAGUCGCACUCGAACGAAGAGAGCGAGACUCCGAGGGAGUCGAAGGCGCGCUCGAGGCUGCCUACACCGCCACCGCCCAAGAACGUCUCCUUCGGCGAGCUACACGAGCAGAGCUACCUCGAGCAAGCUGCCAUAGUGCCGCCACCGGUGCAGUUCGUGCCGAAGCACAGGCACACGGGUAGCGGCAGCGUGGCAGUACCGCACCAAUCCUCGCUGAAACGUCGCUCUUCGGUGAAAAGCGGCGAUCUGGCGCACUCGCACCACGAGCUGUUCGAGAAGCGUCGGCCGAGCGUUCCUGCCAACUCCAUCAGCUACAUAUCGACGGAGAACGUGGCCCGAGCCGAGGAGUCGCUCGGCUCUUUCGACAAGGCCUACGUGAUCAGCGAAUGCGGCCAUAAACGCGCGUUCAGCGGAGGCACCGGCUACAGAUGCGAGAAGCACGGUGGACGAGGACACAGUCACGCGAUGCUCAAUGGCUCUGCCGACGUCAAGAGACACAGAGGACACCAUCUCGAUUCACAUAAUGCAAGCUCGCCCAGCGUGCCUAACGUCGUUAAUGCCAGCUACUCCGAUACUGAAAAAUACGAGGAAACGAUGUCAGGCAUAAUUCAGCGCUCGGUGUCAGAGCGCUCGCGGGACAAGUACACGUCAGGCGGCAAAUCCGGUCCAGUGCGUCACAGCCACCCAGUGUCCGAGUGUCCUCACCGGCGUCGCUCACGCGAAUGUCGGCACGUCGCGGUCGAGUCGAAGCUGCGCCAACAAGCUAGCCGCCUCGAGUACGUCCAAAGCACGCCGGACGUCGCGACAAUACACAACAACAAGUUCGCCAGUGCGAAUCCGCGGAGCGCCGCCAACAACAACAACGGCUCCGGCUCUGCGAGCAGUAAGAUGUACAGCGCCGUGUCGGACGGCGAGCUGCUCGACGUCGCGAUACUGCCGAUCUUUCAGAAGCUCUUGACCGAGCGCCACAAGAGCACCAGCAACCGCUACGGCGCAAGCGUCGCCAGCUGUCCAAAUAUAUCGAUAAAGUGCGACAUCGUCGAGUACCUCUAACGGGCCCUCAUCGCGGCCGCAGCUGCACGCAGUGCUUCGUAUUCGCGAUUCGCCCUGUAGCAUGUAAGCCUUAUGUACGGUAAACUCACUUAAAGGGAGACCACCCCGAUACCUGGUUCUGCGAACUCGACACUAUCCUCUAUGCCAUCACUCUGCACAAACCUCGCUCUUUUUCCCUCCCACUUCCCUAUAAUAAUACUGUACUUUGGACAGCACUGGAUUUAUCUGUCUCUAUUGCGAAUUGUUUCAAUGUAUAUAUUACAUAUAUUUAUUUCAAAGAUACAUCGAGAUUUUGUACGAACAUUUUGCUGUCUGAAACUCGCACUGCACGCUUUGUUAGACAUUUAAUUCUCUGUCUUAUAGAUAUUCCAUUAAGCUGUAUAUUCUCUCCUCGAGCUUUCCUCAGUAUUUGCGCAUCCACACCGGAGCAUAUUCUUUGGAGUGAUGAACGAUAGGUUUAAGAGUGACUAUCCCUCUUCGUUUUCUGUAUUGCGAUAAGUGCAUAAGAACCAGGAACAAUGUCUCUGUAAGUUUAGAAGAGUUUUGUAUUAUAAUUCGAAAACAAAUAUCGAGUAAGUAACUUCGAUCGGCGAACGUCUGCUCGAGUGAAGCAGCGCGCGUCGGUGUAGAGAGGAAAAAAAUUAAAAUGGACGCUUUUAUAAUUAAUAUGUAUGAUAAUGGACGACGUUUGCGUAUACACAGGAUUUAAUGCGACUACGAGGACAAGAAUUGUAUUUAUUGAAAAAAAAAACGAAUGCACGCUAUGUAAACUCUGUUUGGGCCUAUGCCAAAUCCCGCUGGUGGAUUACGACGUAUUUAUUGAAAGGCAGAAAAGACUUUUCUCAAAAAUUUUAAUGUGUCAAUUAUUCCUCACUGGUGUGUUAAGUCCAAUCGAGAAUGUGAGAACGAAAUAAUAAAUUAUCUCAACGAGCAUCACGCUGCUGUGUUAAGUUUUGAAUUAGAAAGUAAAAUGAUAUUGAUAUGUUACAGUUAUUGAAUUGUAAAUAAAAAUCUUGUUUAUAUGAUUUCGAAAGAAGUUAGGUUCAUGAUAUUGCAUUAUGGUAUAAUUUUAACGUACGUUGACGUAUAUCCUUCUGUUUGUAGGGGUAAAGGCUCUCUAUGCUUCAAGUGCUUUAAUUUUUAUAUAAUAUGAAUUAUAAUAUAAUGCCUAUGAUAUUAUGUUCAACUUAAUAUAUGAAUUGUACAAAAUAAUUGUGUAGAUGAUAUCAGAAUUUUACAUGAGAAAAAUGUGUUCGAUUUUCAUCUUGUACAGUAAAUCAACGAAUUUCAUUCUAAAGUUUUUCGCAUUAUUAUCUAAUUUACUCCUUUUAUCACAUUCGUGAGAAUCCGUUUAGUAAACGUUUUAACAACUUCAAUCUCACAUACUUGAUGUGAUCAGAAAAUAUAACUAAAAAAUACUUUUAAAGCUCGAACAGUAUAAUAUAUUUGUUCGUCGUUAAUUUGAGAAAACUUUACCACAAAGAUUCUCAUUCGUAUUUGAAUCCUCGUAUAUGGAUUUGAUCUUUCAAUGCCACAAGACGAAGGAGAUCAAAAGGAGAGCAACUUCCCGACUCAAGAACUGUUUAUAAUAGAAAAUAUCUGUCGUACAAUCUCUAUCGACUAUGGACUACUCAACGUAGUUAGUUAGAUAAUUUGCGAAAAAUACGAGAAAAGUAAAAUAAGAAGUAUUUAGUAAAAUUAAGUGCGGCGUAUGAAAGGUUUGAGAGAUCGACCUGUAGAGAACAUACCGGUAUGAAAGUGAUAUACGACUUGGUGAUUGUGAAACACUUACGUUUAUUUUGAAAUAAUCUUAGAAUAAAUGAACGACGUUAAGAUUUACAGUGAUUAAACUUAUCGGUGUUAUUUUUAAAGAAAAAAGAUCUGUUAAUAGUUAAUGAACUUAACACUUUUAUACUCUGCAAAAUUUUGUUUCAAUCUAGUCAACGAUCACUGUACCUUUGACCUGCUUGCGUGUGGUUAAAGAGUUAUUUGCUUCUUUUCUGUAUGACAAGGGACAACUAAUAAAUCUUAACGAGCUGAUAUUGAAAACCGAGAAUAUUCAUAAUGCGAACGUAUGAAUGAGAAUAAGAGCCCUACAUCUAGAAGACAUACUAAUCGUUAUUGAAGGCUGUCUCGUAAAAUGUUUAAAUCAGUAUCAUUUCAGUAUUCAGUAUUGAUGAUUGUACAUUGUUUUGCAGGUAUCGAUAAUUUUGAACGAGAAUUUUUUUUGUAAAUAGACAUUAUCGUGAUUUUUGAAAUUUUUGUACAACUUUAACAAUGGCGCUUCGAAAAAAAUGCAUCGUUGAGUUUCUUUGAGAAAAAAAAUCACUCGUCGACAUUUGCAAACUAUUUUAAAUUCACGAUCGCGAUGGCCUUUAAUAAGUAUGAUCUACUAUCGAGAGAGGACGGACGAAGGUUAUAGUUAGCAGCGGGUUCUGCCCAAGGCGCCAAUAUUGUUGAAACAUUUAAUAGAUGUAUACAGAAGCGUUUUUAAAUAUUAAUAAUCUUUAAUAAAAAUUGAUCUAGCGACAAGGAAAAAAAAGCAACUCGUGUGAAUGUUUAGCCGUACUCGCGACGAAAGGAAGCACACCGAGAGAAAACAAUUGUUUAUUCGAUUAUUUGUACGAUACAUCAAAUUUGUUUACUGUCAAUGAGAUUUAUUGUCGGUUAAUAAAUUUAUUAUCGCUUAAUAACUUUA